AUGGCCGACCCCAAGAUCCAGGAAUUGCUCACGAAGCCUCGUAACGAACUCACUGAAUACGAGAUAUCCCAAUUGGAAGAGCAUGAAUUCUCCGCGGGUCCCCUCUCGAUCCUCCAGACCGCCGUUCGAAGCCACACCCAGGUCCUGAUCUCGAUACGGAACAACAGGAAGCUGCUGGCGCGGGUCAAGGCGUUCGACCGGCACUGCAACAUGGUCCUCGAGAACGUCAAGGAGAUGUGGACCGAGACGCCCAAGCUUUCUAGCGGGAAGAAGGGCCGGCCGGUCAACAAGGACAGGUUCAUCAGCAAGAUGUUCUUGCGAGGAGACUCCGUCAUCCUGGUGCUGUUGAGCUGA